AGUGGGGGUAUUUUGGUCCUUUCACAAGCUAAAUUAAAUUAGGGCUUUUAAGCCACCGUUUCUUUGUUUGAUCGGGCAAAAGAAAUGGAAAGCUACAAUUGGAAGCAGUCGACACGAAGAACACAGAUGAAUGGCAAACGUGAACGAACAAUUGAUGGGUCGAAAGGGAGCACGAAGGUUCGUCGCUCGACUCGCAAUCGGUGGUGGCCUCCGGGGUUCGACUAGACUAAAGAAGGAGAAGGAUCGAAGCAGCGAGGUGGCAGUGACCUCGGACGAGAAGGAAGAGACGAAGCAGCGGGGCUGCUCGUUUUCUGUCUUGGAAGGUAGUUGCGAAGGGGAAAGAGGUCCGAAGGGGGUCUGGGGGGCGUCGCGAGCAGCAGCAGCGACGAUGACGGGGUGUUCGGUGGGUUUGCUCGACGGGAGGGGAAGAGGAGUGCGAGGGUGGGGAUGUUACUUCGAUCGGUGGCAGGGAAUGGAUGUUUAUGUGUUGAUGUUUGAUAAAGAAUCGAUGGAUGCUUGGGGUGGGGCUUGGUUAUCGAAACAGGAAAGGACAGAGGUGGAUUGUGAUAUUCUUAGUCCAUUGGUGGCAGCUCAAUGAAAGAAGAAGGUAGCGGUAAAAGCGAUUCUCAUGGCGUUUUUGGGAGGGUUCGAUUGACAGGAAACG